CGGCGGGCGGUGCAGAGCGGCCGGAAGUGGGCGCCUCACGUGACCGCACCCGGAAGCGGCGGCGCGGCGGCACCGGGGGCCAUGAGCGGCGGCACCGGGAACGGGCCCGGGGACGGGAACGGGCCCGAGCGGCGGGUCUGCAUCGUGGUGGAGUAUUGCGAGCCCUGCGGCUUCGAGGCCACCUACCAGGAGCUGGCGAGCGCCGUGCGCGACGAGUACCCCGACAUCGAGAUCCAGCCGCGCCUGGGGGGCACCGGUGCCUUUGAGAUUGAAAUCAACGGGCAGCUGGUGUUCUCCAAGCUGGAGAACGGGGGCUUUCCCUACGAGAAGGACCUGAUCGAGGCCAUCCGCAGAGCCCGCAAUGGGGAGCCCCUGGAGAAAAUCACCAACAGCCGCCCCCCCUGCGUCAUCCUGUAGCCCCCCCAGGGACAGCAGGCUCCCCCCACGCCUCCCUUAAAUCCCUGCACCCCAGGAGCCUCCUGGGGACCCCCACUGGGGGUCAUGCUGUCCCCUGCCCCGCCUGCUGUGGGGUGGGGUGGAAUGGGGGGGGUCUCCCACCUGCCUUUGCCUUCCCCCCCUCAUCAGCUGCAGCUCCCUGAGGGGCACAGGGGUGGCACCCCCAUGUCUCUGUGCUGGGCUGUCCCCUCCCUGACCCCCUGGGAAUGUGGGGGGUCUCCCAGGAAGGGGGAGGCAGCUCCCAGCAGGUUCAUUCCAAGGGGAACCCGCUGGCUCUGGCUGGCCUGGGGUCUGUUAAUGAUUAAAGCCCCCCUGGCACUGUUUAAUCCGGGGCAGGGGCUGCCCAUGGGAAGGCCAGGCUGGCCCCACAGCCACAGGGGUGGUCACAUCCCCCCUCCCCAUUCCCAGCUCCUGCUUCCUGCCUGGAAUGUCCCUGCCCGUGGCCUCGGGGCGGGGGGGUCCCCUAUUUAUUCUAUACUGUGUAUAAACCCAACGGCUGGGUGGAAUAAAGGGUGGAGAAUGUG